GGUUUAUCUUCGUAUAGUAGCAAAGGUACAAGUAAAGCCCCUCCAGCCUAACAAUCAGCAUAAUUUCAACACAAUGAGUAUACAAUGUUGUCUCCCACCGCAACAAUUAUAUCGUUGCCACAAGAGGAAUGUAUAUAUAAACAACCCAACACUGUCCAUGUCAAACAGGCCACUCAUACCAGCAAUCUUCGUUUACGAUCAUCUCGCACUCAGCAAACUAUUCUAACGUAAAGCCAAAGACAAGCCGUCUCGUUCUAAGUGCUGGCAUACAAACAUGGACCCAUUUGAGAUUGAGGACUUUGAGAUUGGGAAUCCACUGUCGAGAACUGGUAGAGAUGUCAUGGUAUUCGCGAAUGACUGCAUGAAUUGCCAUGCAGGAAGCUGCGAAAUGCAUGAUCAUUACGCUCGCCUCAGCGCGAAAGAAGUUGUUGACGACCCCAAUGAGCUUUCUGGCAGUUAAUGCAGGGAGCUCCAAGGAACAUGAUCCUUGCGUUGACCCCAGCGAGAAAGGUGUUGACGACCCUGAUGCGCUUUCCAAAGUUUCAUUCAUACUGGCCCGACUUCCAGUGGAACUAAGGCUUGAGAUAGCAGUCGCGUUACUUUCGCGAAGAACAAGCUGUGUUCCCACGCCAACCUGGGAUGAACAGCCCCUAUCCAUACAA